AUGUCGGCGGCGUCUAGGGCUUCAGCACCGACGGCAGAAGGCAAGCAACAGCGGUGGUUCCCAGGCCUGUGCAUCCGGCCCGCGAAGUCCUCCGACCUCCCGCGCAUGGCCCGCAUGGCUAGCGAGAUCUUCCAGCAUGAGCGGGACAUUGAUCACUUUAACAGGCACCGCCGCGCCCGAACGGGAUCGGAACCGGGCGCCGAGGUGGACGACGCCGUAGUCGCAGCCGAGUCCGAGUGGCGGCUCGCCGAGAUGCGGGAGAGCCAUCGGAACCCGGGACGCCACUUCAUCAUUGCCACGUACACCAAGCAGCCCGACAGAUGCCUGAGAAGACGCCACGUCGCCCGCUCGAAGGAGGUGCUCUUGGGCUGGGCCGAGUGGCAGGACCCUGGCGGCCGCGCGGCUGAUGCGCCGGUCUUGGUGGACAGCGGCAGUUCCGGCUCGGACCUGACAAGCGACAAAAGCGACGACGACAACUACCGGGCCGAUGCCGAUGCUGGAGUUGAGGAGGGCGGGUCGGCAUUCGACAAGUUGACACCGCUGCUCAAGGACAUGACGCUUAGGCGGCGCAACCAGGCGCUGCUCGUUCUGUCCAUUGGUCUUUCCGUCAAUUUCUUUGACGCCGUCAACUCGCUGAAAGCCGCCGCCACAAAGCACCCGGAGGAGUGGAGGAGCUGGUACGACCAGUAUCUCCCAAACUGCCUCGGCCGAAACGGCGACGUCCAUGGACGCCACCUCGGUAUGCGCCCUGCAGACACUCCUCCACCCGUGUUUCCCCCGUCGUCUCUACUACUCGGGUACUAA